AUGAGAGGUUUAGAUUACUACUUGCCAGCAAUGGCUAUGUUGUUCAUACAGUUUAUUUAUGCAGGUAUGAGUCUUGGCACAAGAACUGUUCUCUUACAGGGAAUGAGUCCAAGGGUAUUUAUAGUGUACAGGCAAGUUUUUGCAACCAUUGUGCUUGCUCCAGUAGCUUAUUUCUCAGGGAGAAUGUCUGGCUCAUAUUCCUUAAAUUUAAGGAGUUUUUCCUUGAUAUUCUUGACCUCAUUAAUUGGCAUUACAUUGAAUCAAAAUUUAUAUUUUGAGGGUCUAUAUCUGGCCUCAGCUUCAAUUGCAAGUGCAAUGGCCAAUCUUGUUCCAGCCCUCACAUUUGUGAUAGCAGCUUUUACAGGAAUGGAGAGAGUGAAUAUUCGAAGCUUGAGAACUUUAGCCAAGAUAGUAGGGACAGUAAUCUGUAUAAGUGGAGCAGCUUCCAUUGCUCUGUUGAAGGGUCCAAAGCUACUAAAUGCAGAAAACCUGCCUUCAAAAUCAAUCAUGGGCUCAGAAGGUCAGAACUGGUUGCUGGGUAUUCUAUUUAUCUUUGGAAGCAAUUGUGCCUGGGCACUUUGGCUCAUUUUGCAGGUUCCAGCAUCCGCAAGCCACCCAGAUCACCUAUCUUUUGGAUUCUGGAUGUGUUUGAUGGCAACAUUACAAUCAGCAGCAGUGACAGUAUUCUUGGAGCCAGACCCAAAUGCAUGGAAGAUUAAUUCUCUACUUGAGUUUGGUUGCUCUUUAUACGCAGGAGUUAUGGGAUCUUCAGUGUUGAUCUCUCUUCAAGCAUGGUGCAUUUCACAGAGAGGUCCUCUCUUCUCUGCAAUGUUCAAUCCUCUGUUCACAGUGAUUGUGACUGUAUUGGCUGCCUUAUUACUUCAUGAGGAAAUAUACAUUGGAAGCUUGAUAGGUGCAAUUGGAGUGAUCAUUGGCUUGUAUGUUGUGCUUUGGGGUAAAGCUGAGGAAGUUGUUAAAGCGAAAGAUGAGAGAGAUCCAAAAUCAAUGGUUAAUACGACAGAGGAAGGGAAAGUAUUGAUAAAUGAAUCUUCUGAAAAAGCAUAUUGUAAAACUGAUUUGGAAGAACCCCUUUUAUCUGCUAAAUCUUCUUCACAUUAUUAA